AUGAUAAGAAGCACUGCUCGUAUAUUUCGAGGAUUCGCGGGAACCAGAAGUAUUGUCGUAUCGCGUUUAAUUUACAAAAGAUCUUUUUCUAUCAGCUUUGUAACAAGAAUGAGUGAGAACUGGAACCCUAAUUUGACCACUGAGCAACUACUUGUUUUGCGGGACAAGCACACCGAGAGGCCACACACUGGAGCCUACCUCAAUAACAAAGAUACUGGGGUAUACAACUGCGCAAACUGCGAGGCGCCCUUGUACAAAAGCGAGACAAAGUUCGACUCUCACUGUGGCUGGCCAGCCUUCUACGAAGAGGUCAAGAAGGGCGCCAUCACCUACCACACAGAUUACACUAUGGGUAUGAAGCGGACAGAGAUAUGCUGUGCAAACUGUGGGGGGCAUCUAGGGCAUGUUUUCGAGGGGGAGGGGUGGAAGGAGCGUUUGGGUCUGCCAGUUGAUGCUAGACACUGCGUGAACAGUGCAUCACUGAAUUUUAAAAAGCAGUGA